AUGGGCGAGACGCCCAUUUUCAGCACCAAGGCGCACGUUUUUCACAUUGACCCGCAGACGAAGCGGUCCUGGAUCUCCGCCAGCAAUGCAGCCGUCAAUGUCAACUUUUACUAUGACAUGGCACGGAACCUCUACCGCAUCAUCAGCGUCGAGGGCCAGAAGGCGGUCAUCAACAGCAUCAUCACGCCGAAUAUGACCUUCACGAAGACCUCGCAGAAGUUUGGCCAGUGGUCGGACAUUCGCGCCAACACCGUCUACGGGCUGGGCUUCUCCUCGGAGCCGGAGCUGAACAAGUUUAUUGAAAAGUUCCAGGAGGUAAAGGAAGCGACGCGAAGCACUCAGAGCAAGUGGGAGAUUGAACUGCAGACGCUGAAGAGCAACAACACCCGGCUGACGAACGCCCUCCAGGAGUCGACGGCCAACGUCGAGGAGUGGAAGCGACAGCUGCAGGCGCUCAAGGACGAGAACACCAAGAUGAAGCACAAGAUCGUCGAGCUGGAGGCGAUUCAGGGGAACCCGGAGGCGAUCGCCGAACUGCGCAAGGAGAUCGCCCACAUGCGAGCCAAUUGUGAGACCUUAGAGAGCGACCUUAAGCACAGAGACGGUGAGGUGGAGCGGCUGAGGAAGCGCCUCGAGGAGCAGUGCCAGCAGGCCUUUGCCUCCUCCAAGGUGGACGACAAAAUACAAGUACAGUCUUACCACAGUGGAUGCUACUGA